AUGUCUAUAGCUUCUCAAGCUUUCUCUCUUUCAUCUGUACCUAAAUGCAGUCACGAAGCUCAAAAAGAAAGAGCCAAUAUGGCCCUCACUUUUGAUAAAUACAAGGGUAGGCUUCAAAUGCUUCCCAAGGAGAGAGGUUGGAUAACAGGAAACCUAUACAUGUACCAAGGCUUUUGGCACCAGUCGAUGCGUAUAAUCUCAAUAGAAACUGUGAUGGCCUUACAAGACACUUUCAAAGCUCACCCAACAGAUAUAUACUUGGCCACACUGCCAAAAUCUGGCACGACAUGGCUCAAGGCGCUCGUGUUUGCUAUCGUUAACAGAAAUCGCUACAAAAACAACUCUCUUUCAACUCACCCUCUACUCAUCUCCAACCCUCACAACUGUUUGCCUUUCAUUGAGACUGAAGUAUAUAGACACACACCUACAUAUGCCAAACCACAUUCACCACGACUGUUUGCUACCCAUAUACCCUACAUUUCAUUGCCUCAAUCCAUUCUUCAGUCGAAUUGUCGACUAAUUUAUUUAUGUAGAAACCCUAAAGAUGUUUUGGUCUCUAUGUUUCACUUUGCAAACAAGUUGAGAGACAAAUCGGGCAGUCUACUGACAUUUGAGGAGGCGUUCGAUUCGUUUAGUAAUGGGGUCAUGCCAAUAGGACCUUACUGGGACCAUGUAAAAGGGUACCACAAGGUUAGUUCAGAACACCCGGGAAAGGUUCUAUUUUUAACGUACGAGGAUAUGAAAACGGAUACUAUAAAUCAUGUCAAGCGAGUUGCGAAGUUCUUGGGCUACCCAUUCACAGAGAAAGAAGAGACUGAAGGUGCAGUCCAAGAGAUUAUCAGACUAUGCAGUUUCGAAAAUUUAAGCGAGGUUAAUAAGCAUGGAAAUCUACGUGAGGGUAUACCUAAUGAUGCUUUUUUCAGGAAAGGGGAAGUUGGAGAUUGGACCAACCAUCUCACCAAUGAAAUGAGCCAGAAUUUAGAUCGAAUUACCAGAGAAAAGUUCCAUGGUUUGGAUAUCUCCUUCAACUAA